AUGAAUGUAACACCUCCGAAUUUCUCGGCUCCAGGUCCUCCGGAUGAUCAAAGAUUCGAAAGGAAUAAAUUCAGACAAACAAUGCCAAAUAAUCCAAGAUAUACUCAAACACCUCGUACAAAUCCAGCAGUUUCUCGUUUGCAUAACCAAAAUCAAAACUGCCCAUCACCAAGUUCGGUAAGAAUAUCUAUUCAUGAAAAUUAAAUUAUAUGAUUAUCAAUUCAGAGUUGUGUUUCAACUGAUACAACAUAUACUCAACCAUGGAAAUCAAACAAAGCAAACUAUGAACAGCCAUCUUCCUCCAAGUUUCGAAGAUCAGCUUCAGUUUCAAUGAAAAAAUCGGAAGAAGAAGAAGAACAUGAUCUCACAUUGUCCACCGACAAAAGUACAAAUGGAAGACCAAUUAUCAAUUUUGUACAAUUGAAAAAAUCUUUGAUGAAACCAUUCAAAGGAAAUUCGAAGAAAGCAAAGAUAAACGAAAGAAAGGAGGAUUUACCAUCAACGAGUAGACCAAUGCAACAAGAAGAAAGACUAAAAAUGUAAUAUUAACGAUAUUUUUUUUUGAAAAAAAGUAAAAAAGCAGAAUUUUUGCAGGUUCCGAAAAGUUGGAAUGAAACAAUCGUUAAAAGUUAGUGCAGUUCAAAGAAUGCAAAAAGAACGACAACGAGAUUUUCAAUUAGUUGGCGGAAAUCCUCAAAAUGAAACAAAACGUAAAUCGGAUGAAUCAACUUAUGCUCAAAUUGACAGUAUGCUUGUAUUCAGUUCGCCAUCUAAAAAAUCACGAGAAAUUAUUUCGUUAAAUGAUGAUGAUGUAGAAGUUGUUAUAAAAAAUAAGAAAACUGGAAAAUCUGCAACAGUAAGACUAGAUUAAAUUUAUUUUCAUCUCAUUAAUAAAAUAAUUAUUUCCAGCGUCAAGAAAUUGCUUGUCCGAGCAAAAAAAUAAAUGAAAUUCCGCUAACUUCAACUCCAAAAUCAUUCUCAAAUGUUGGAAUGCAAGAAAAUGAUUUGAACAUUUCAACAGUUUCAAAUUCAUCGCUUUGUGUUGUUGAAGAAAAUAAUUCGGAAAAGAAUAGAAGUAUUUAUUAUUCGACGACAGCUUUGGAAUCAGACGCUUUUCAACAAAAUGACGAUCGAAUUUCACGUGUUGAUUCAGUCACUCCAACACAAACACAGUAUUCUACAAUUGUGAAACCAACGCCACAGGUAAGAAUAUUUUGUGAGGGAAAUUUCUGAAAAAAAAUUGAUUAAAUUUUCAGAAAACUAUCAAAACUGAAAUAGUCGAACCAGCUUAUGAUAAAAUACAAAAUCCUUCUUCGCAUAGUCAAUGUCCAAGUGUUUCUGGAGAAUCGCCCGAUUUGGUAAUUUUUUUCUGAAUUUUAAACUCAUAAAAAAAAAGAAAAAAAACUCAUGGAAUAUUUUUUCAAGCCUAAAUUCCACUGUUUCAAAAUUUUUAUAGAAAACGUUUUUCUCAACAUGAAAAUCCACUGUUUCAAAAUUUUCAUAUUAACAUUUUCAAAAAUUAUUUUUUUUUUGAUAUUAAUCCACUCAAAGCAGCACAUUCAAAAUUUGAAAUUACAGUGCAAAAUUUAUCGAAAAUACAGCAUUUUCUUUGUUUUUAGGUUUCAUUGUUUCUAUCAAAUUCCCUUUUUCAGUCAUGUUUCCCGAUAUAUUCUGGACAACUUCAAUUUAUGUCAACACCGCCUUUACUCAAUCAACCUAUCGAUGAUCCAUCAGAAGAUACAAUGAAAGAAUUUUGGAGAAUUUCGAGAGAUUUAAAACAGAAACAUGAACUAUUGCAAUAUCGUCAAUCCUGUCAUUCAAAUGUUAGUUUUAAAAAACUUUAUUUUUGAAAAAUGAUUCACUUUAAAUUUAUUUCAGAUAUCUCAAAGAUUGCGAGGAUUGACUCAAGUUAAAAUGUGUCUUUUGGAAGGUGGUAAAAACGAUCCGACAAACGAAAUGGUAAGUUUUUUUUAAAUUUUUUAACAUUUUUUUUCUGAAAACUCUCUAAAUAAAAUAUUUCAGCUGGUAUCACUCUGGAAAAAUUGUCAAGAAGAGGAAAUUUUGAGAGAACAAAUAGUUGAAUGCCAAAAUAUUAUUUAUCAAACAACUGCCGAAAUUCAAACAAUCGAACACAGAAAGAACAUGUUAUUAGAAUGUGAUGCAAAUUUUGGUUCGAAAAAAUGUUAG